UCGCAGGCACGUGAAGCACGUGGCGGGCGUCGACGAGAAGCGCGGAGUUUCGCCGUCACCGGCUGAGAGUCGCUGCCGCCGUCCAUGCCUUUCUCAAGUCAAUGCUUCAUUUAAACGCGAUCGUAUGAUUAUUGUGGUGUUCAUGCCGCUUGCUGUUGUUGAUUGGCUUUAAACCAAAGCCCGGCUGCGAUCGCCACCAACCGAUGAUGCCAUCCCAAAUUAACCACCUUCACCCAGGAACGACUGCAUCAGAGCCAUCCGGGGUUUUCGCGGGGUCUGGGGUCAUUCAAGACAAUGCUCGACACCCGGAAUUGCAGCCUUGGAUGAUCUGCGCCUACGGAUUUACUGCUUAUGAGACAGGACUACGCAUUCUGGCCAAUGCUUAGUGCUCCUGCUGCUAGCCCGGAAUUAUGAUUUCAACUCGCCCACCAUUAGUGGCCAACUACGAAGGUCCGUGGUAGGGCUAUGAUAGCAUAUGCAGCUGCGUUUAAACAAUCUGCCUGGGUCUAUAGCCCUGCUCGCGGGUCUGCAGUUCCAGUUAAAUCAAGCUUACAUGUCUAAACUAGGUUAUUCCUAGAGACAGGACACCAUCAGACGUCUUCGGACUUUUCUGUUGCAAGGCGACUGCGCACACUGAAAGUGUUCGCAGCGUCGAUCUGCACCACCAAUGCGCCGUAGGCCCAAACUCACAUAAAAAGUAGCUCUACUCUGAAAAUCUAUGAGCCUCGGAAAUCUCCACUGGCUCGGCUCACGGAAAACAUAGUUCUCCCCAUAGAAGCCAAGUGGUUGCUAGGAGUUCAACGGAAUAACGGCAUUGAUUCGCGAUUGAAAAUCAAUACUCCAUUACCUUGCAUAUCCAGUUAUCCGAACAUUGCACAGAGCCAGGGAGUGUGCGGAAUAAGAUUUCCAGGACCCCAGGCAUACCAAGUAAUCGGCAACCUGAGGACAUGGUUCGCACGACUUCCGCCAUUGUUGGUUCGUCCGACGGAAGAACCGCCACACCCAUAUAUCCGCUCCGACGGAUCUCUCUACACCAAUUCCCAGCUGCGAUUAUCGGCCCGGACGGCCAUAAUGAC